AGAGUGCAGCUGGUGUGUGUGUGUGCCGCUCCCUGUUAACUGAAGCUGCUAGGACGGAGACAAACGGCCGUUUUCUGCCUCAGUUAUCGUUAAUCCAUAAAUUCCAGCCGUGGUUAAGUUUUCUGUAAAGUCUAUCAGAGCGGUUAGUUAAAGAUUAGUGCACUCGCAGGUGUGUUUGCUCGGACUGAAAAGGUUUCGUUUCCUGUUCGCGACUGAGUGAGUAGUUACCCUCCGCCUUGGUGUUUGAUCCUGUGGUUUAAAGGAGAUUAAACACAACGGCUCUGAUAAGAUGGCGGACUGUGUCUCGAAGGUGGAGCUGAGCGUCUCCUGCACUGACCUGCUGGAUAAAGAUGUCGGAUCCAAGUCUGAUCCUCUGUGUGUACUGCUGCAGAAAACAGGAGGAGACAGCUGGACUGAGCUGGGUCGCACUGAGCGUCUGAAGAACACCUCCAGUCCGUCCUUCAGUCAGCGUCUCAGACUGGAUUAUCACUUUGAGACAGUUCAGAAUCUGAAGCUGGGGGUCUACGACAUCGACAACUCCACCUCUGAUCUUGGUGAUGAUGACUACCUGGGAGGGGUGGAGCUAACACUGGGACAGAUAGUUUCCAGUAAAACUGUGACCAGACCUCUGGAGCUGAAGAAAGGCAAACCUGCGGGGAAAGGAACCAUCACUGUCACAGCAGAGGAGAUAAAGGACAACAGAGCCAUUGAGUUGGAGCUGGAGGCUAAAAACCUUGACAAGAAGGAUACGUUUGGCAAGUCUGAUCCAUUCCUAGAGAUUUUCAAACAAGGAGACGAUGGAAAGUGGCAGCUGGUCCACAGAACAGAGGUGGUGAAGAACAAUCUGAAUCCCUGCUGGAAGAAGUUCUGUGUUCCCUUGCAGACGUUCUGCAGCAGCGACCUCGAGAGACCGCUAAAGGUGGAUUGCUCUGAUCAUGACAGUGAUGGAUCUCACGAUCUAAUUGGAUCCUUCACCACUAAAGUCUCGGAGCUGCAGAAAGCUGCACACGGUUCACCGGUGCAGUUUGACUGCAUCCACCCUGAGAAACAGAAGAAGAAGAAGAGCUACAAGAACUCUGGGGUCGUCUCUGUGAAGAAUUGCAAGCUGGCGACUCAGUACACCUUCCUGGACUAUGUGAUGGGAGGCUGCCAGAUCAACUUCACUGUGGGGAUCGACUUCACUGGCUCUAACGGUGAUCCUCGCUCGCCCAACUCUCUCCACUACAUGAGUCCAGACGGGCUGAACCAGUACCUGUCUGCUCUGUGGUCUGUGGGUCAGGUGGUCCAGGACUACGACACUGAUAAACUUUUCCCAGCUUUCGGUUUUGGAGCCAAACUCCCUCCAGACUACCAGGCUGCACACCAUGAAUUCGCCCUCAACUUCAACCCCACUAACCCCUACUGCCAAGGUAUUCAGGGGAUCGUUGAGGCCUACAGGAUGGUUUUGCCUCAGCUCAGACUGUCUGGACCCACAAACUUUUCUCCUAUCAUUAACCAUGUCGCCUCCAUCGCCACCGGCGCUGCGCAGGCCAACAGUGCCUCUCAAUACUUUGUCCUCCUCAUCCUCACUGAUGGUGAGAUCACCGACUUCGACCAGACCCGGGACGCCAUUGUCCGGGCGUCGCGGCUGCCCCUGUCCAUCAUCAUUGUUGGGGUGGGGCCAGCGGACUUUAAGGCCAUGGAGCUUCUGGACGGAGACAACGGUGUGCUGAGGUCAACAGUCGGGGAGGCCGUCGCCAGAGACAUCGUCCAGUUUGUCCCGUACAGACAGUUCAAAGAUGCUCCUGUGGCGGCUCUGGCUCAGUCGGUUCUCGCUGAGGUUCCCAACCAGCUCGUCUCUUAUUUCAAAAUGAGAGGCUUCGAACCACCCACACCUAAAGCUGCGCCCAAAUCCUAAACCCCCACAUGACCUAAAUCCUACCCCCCCCCCCCCCCCCCAAAGUCCCCCAAAGUCCCCCACAAAGCUGAAUGCCAACCCUUCAUUCCAGGCUCAGACCACCACCUCUACUCUGCCCCCCUCCACUCACAAAGUCGACCACUUUUCCGGGACCAACCUAAUGUGUUGCUGGCAAUCUCAGCCAAUCACAAGGCAGCAUUCAGCUGUCAGCCAAUCAGGAUGCCAGGGGCAACCCUCCCCAGUUUCCUUUUUAAAUCACUUUUAAAACCACGCUGUUUUCUCUGAUGAUAAUCAUGUAGUUUAGAUGAUAGAUUGAUAUUGAUUGCUCUGCUGCUUCUACGCUAACUAUGCAGAUCACGUGUUUACUAACGUGUCUAAAAAAAAAAAUCACAGAGCCGCACACACACAGACAGACACAAAAAAAUUCAUCCAUAUUGUUUCCAUGUUGCCAUAGUAACAGUAAAGGGCCACUGAUCUGCUGAGAGCUGAACUUUUCCCAUUCACUUCAGUGAGUUUUAGCACAGCAGCAUCUAGUGGACGUUAGAGGAACUGCAGCCACAGUUACCUCACCUAAUCAUUCGUUGCCAUGGUGACACUAUGCACCCUGGACCAGCUCUCUCUCUCUGUGUGUGUAUGUGUGUGUGUGUGUGUGUGUGUGUGUGUGUGUGUGUGUGUGUGUGGCUCUGAUUUAGCUUUAUUAAUCAGGUAGCAAUACUUUGCACUUUGCUGUUGCACGAAAUGCUGGAAAACAGUUUUAUGAAUGAUACUGUAUACUUUAACCUAGCUUCACUACGAUGCCUUGUAUAAACUCUACUGUAGCCUUGCUGUAGACUUUAGUGGAGCAUGUGUGUCACUGCUCAGCUGCUUCAGCCUCAUUAUUCCUGGACUGUUCUGUCACGACUCUCAGGGGUUUGUUGAUGCCUCCCUCUGUGCUCCCAGUGCUGAAGUCUGUGUGUCUACCAUCGGCCAUCAACCUCUGCAUGACUGUAGUAAAGUAAUACUGAGUGUCAAAACUAACUUCAUGCAGAACUUUACUGCAGUGCAGAUGCAGAGGUUUAAUUUGGGCUUCAGGUAGCAGUGCAGUUGAUUGAUGUCAGUAUGUUAAAAUGCAUAAAAAAGACAAGACAAGAUAGAAAUGAAAAAGAAUCAUUAAAAGAGAGUCUACAGAGGAUGAGUCUUUAAAAGUAGAGAUGUGUGUCAGAGCAACUCCCCUUUAUACUGCAUGAGUCUGAGACAAAAGUUGAAAAUUGUGACAGAAACAUGGAAAAAUCUUAAGUCGUCAAUCCUAGAUCUCACUGUCAGACUCGUCCACCAGCAGCUGAUUGAUGGCUUUGGCAACCAAAACCUAAAUUCAGACAAUGUGAGAAACUUGGGGUCAGAUACUUUCAGCAUGACUGCUGCUAUGAUCCACAUUUACAAACCAACCAAUCAGAAAUUAUGCAGAAUACACCAGCCUAUUUUUUAAAACUCCAUUUUCAACUAAACUUUAGGAGGAAAAAACACUUCUUCACGCUUUUCCCCUCCUUCCUCCCUCCUGUUAGUUUUCGAUUCCCCUCUGCUUCCAUGUGUUUUUUUUGCACAUCGUUUCACUACGAUUCACCAGGCACUCGGUGCACAAUGUGAGCAUCACACUGAGAGUCUGCUUGAACAUGUCCUCUCUUUUUGCACCAAAGAUUAUCCUCUGAUUGACAUGACUCUGCCAGCCGGGGAUACUGGCAUGACCUGAACACACACACACUUACACACACUUACACUUUUACACACACACACACAGUGUUAAAACAACUCAAAACCCGUGUUUACUGCAGCAGAGCCACAGUUAAUGUUGUUAACGUGUUGCAACACUUUAUCUCCAACCAUUUUAAAACACUUAGAUAAUUUGUUGUUUUUGUGCCUUUAUUACAGACAGUGGAGAAAUGACGGGAGAGAAAGGAGAGAAAGUUUAGACUUGAAUGUUGCACUUCCUGGUUGACCUUUAACCCCCUAAGCUGCAGGGAUGACCAACUUAGAAUUAAUAUUGACUCACCCUGUAGCCACUUAAAAUCACCACUUGUGCUAUGGAUGUUAAAAUGGCAGAACUAAUAGGAAAUGUUUCAGCCAGAGUAAGAAAUAAAUGUUUUAUUAGAGGUUUCAUUUUUUCUCCUUUUUGUUAAACAUUUGGGAACAUUAAGAGUUUUUUUCAGGGUCCAUUUUAUUGAAAUCAGAUAUCUGUACUGCACUGCAUUAUUUGUAGCUCAGAGAUUUAGGGACAGUGUGUGUAAUGAAAUAAUCAAAGCUCAAGUUUUUGUCGCUUAAAACCACAUCUCAUGGUCUUCAUUUGUUAAUGGAGCGUCACCAGCUGAAAGACUGUGAGAUGUGGUUGAAAGCCAUGUAAGAUAAUUUUCUUUUUAGUAUGUUUGUUGCCUCCUGUCUCUGAUACAGACAGUGUCUGCUGCUUCAUUACUUUAUUUUGAUAAAUAUUAAAGGCACAGAAAGAUAAAAAUACCCAGUAAUUUACAAAAGAAGCAAAGAUUAUAGAAUAGUCUGAAAAUGAUAAUCAUAGUUUUUCCUAUUGAUCAUCUCAUGACCCCUCAGAUCUAACACAUGAUUACUUGUGUGGGUCUCAGGUAACCUAUUCAACUUCUCUACCUACUGGAAAGAAUUACAGACGUAUAGCAUUUUGUUAAAACAUAACAAUAACUUGAAUUUCAAAAUUCUCAUCAAUUUAUCUGCUGAAAAAACCCUGCGAACUACUUUCUAAAGUUUGCUCAGUGCCACAGAACUCUAGCUGAGCGUGAACAUUCAUUUUGAAACAGUAAAUCAAAUAAAUAAAAAUCAGUGGAUGAAUCUGCCGAUGACGACAGUGGGAUGACGCACAUGAAUGCACUUGAAAAAUCUAAGUAAGAGGACCUUAAGUUCAGACUUUUGUUUGUUGUAUGUAUUUGUGUUAUUUUCGAACCAAAAAGCAGCAGAUUCUGUAGGAGGAAGUUUGUCCCUGUCAGGCUGCCAUGAUUUAUUGUUUUUUUCUUCUCCUUCGUCGCCGAAAACUUGUUUUAUAUCCGUGUUCUAGUCGAAGGGAAAUUCUGUUUUCACACAUGGUUUAAAGUGUAAAGCAGCUUCACGUUUAACAUCUCAGCCAAACAACGUGCAGGUUUCAUUUUAAACCUGAAGUGAGUGAUAUCAGAAACUGCAUGAUGGGAUGUGAUCUGAAUUCAGCCAAACAUGCUGAUAAAAUUGCAUCUGCCAUCACACCUCCCAUAAUGCUUUGCUCCACAGUGCUGCUCACUGUGAUCAGUUUUUAUUCUGUUUCACAUCUGUUUACUCUUCUCCACUUAACCGUUUGUUAAACUGGUUGAUCCACAUGUUGUGUGACUACCAGCUCCAUCCGCUAACAGCUAGCUACUACUAACUAACCAGUAUAACUAAACCAGUAUGAUCAGUAACAUCGCGUUUGUAUGAUGCCAACUGUUAGAAUACAACAAUAAAACAACUUUGGGAAAAAUAA